AUUACAAGCAAACCCAAAAAAGAUUUUUGAGUUUUAACUAACCCAACUAAACCACAAAAAUGUCUCUCUUUGAUUUUUCUUUUGCUCUCUCUUGCACUUUAAAGUGUCUUCAAUAAGCUGAGUUUGUAUUCAAGUGGAUGCUGUUUUCUUGAAAAAGAACCCUUCUUUACUCUUCUUAAUCCCUCUCACCCAUUAAUUUUUCUUGAAAAUUGUGAAAAAAGAACCAGUCUUUGACUUUAUUUCUGUUUUCAAGACUGAGGGUGUGUAUAAAGAUCAAGAAUUUGCAAAUUAAAUUUGGUUCUGGUUGGUGGGUUCUUGAUAUUUUUUGAGUUAAAGGAGAGUAGAGAUGUUUGGUUGUGAGUGUUUUUACUGGAAUCAAGUUGCUGAUGAUUUUGAACUUAUUUCUCAUGAACCAAAACCUUUCUCUUUGCCUGCUCCUCUACCUCAAUGGCCUCAAGGUAAAGGAUUUGCUACUAAAAGGAUAAACUUAGGAGAAAUAGAAGUCAUUCAAAUCACUGAAUUUGAGAGCAUUUGGAGCUGUAAAUUACCGCAUGCUAAAAAGAAAAGAAUCAUAUUUUAUAGACCUGUUGAUAUACCGGAUGGAUUUUACAGCCUAGGCCACUACUGUCAGUCCAGUGACCAACCAUUGAACGGGUAUGUUCUUGUGGCUCGUGACUCUAAUGCUCAUGACAAUGAAGUUGGCCAGAUCUGCAAUUCAAAAGCAGACUUUCCGGCUUUAAGAAAACCGUGUAAUUACUCAUUGAUUUGGAGUACCAAUUCAAAUGAUGAUGAUAGUGCUUACUUUUGGCUGCCAAACCCCCCAUCUGGCUAUAAGGCUAUGGGUAUUGUGGUAACAGAUGAUUCAGAGGAGCCCGAUGUUGAUGAAGUUAGAUGUGUUCGUGAAGAUCUUACAGAAAAAUGCGAAACCUGUAAUCUCAUGUUUUCUUCAGAUUCGAAAACUGUAAAGAACCAGUUUCAGGUUUGGAACACAACACCCUGCAAAAGGGGGAUGUUUGCUCAAGGUGUUAAUGUUGGGACAUUCUACUGCGGUAGCUACUUGAAUUCCGAAGAUGAUCUGAUAGAGGUUAGAUGCUUGAAGAAUUGCGACAGCACCCUGAACGCAAUGCCAAAUUUGGACCAAAUCCAUGCGCUCAUUAAGAAUUAUGGUCCUACCGUGUAUUUCCAUCCUGACGAAAAGUACUUGCCAUCAUCAGUACAGUGGUACUUUAAAAAUGGAACACUUUUAUAUCGAGAUGGCGAGCAGAAAGGUGAACCAAUUGACUAUAGGGGCUCAAACUUGCCUGCCGGAGGGAAAAACGAUGGGGAAUUUUGGAUAGAUUUACCGAGGGAUAAUGAUGCUAUAGAUAGCAUCAAAAGAGGAGAUAUGGAUAGCGCCGAGCUUUAUGUUAAUGUGAAACCAGCAUUCGGAGGAACAUUUACGGAUAUUGCAAUGUGGAUAUUUUGUCCCUUCAACGGACCAGCCACGCUUAAAGUUGGGCUCAUGAGUAUACCUAUGACCAGAAUCGGACAACAUGUGGGUGAUUGGGAACACUACACUCUUCGUGUAAGCAACUUCAAUGGACAGUUGUGGCAAAUCUUCUUCUCCGAGCACAGUGGAGGGCGAUGGGUAGAUGUUUCCGAGUUAGAGUUUAUCAAAGAUAAUAAGACGGUUGUUUACUCAUCAAAACAUGGUCAUGCUAGCUUCCCACAUCCCGGUACUUUUCUUCAAGGGUCAACAAAGUUUGGAGUCGGAGUGAGAAAUGAUGUUGCUCGAAGCAAAUAUUAUAUAGAUUCAAGCACAAAAUAUCAGCUUGUUGCUGCUGAGUAUCUCGGAGAGGGAGUUGUCAAAGAACCAUGUUGGUUGCAGUAUAUGAGAGAAUGGGGUCCGACCGUUGUAUAUGAUUCGCGAUCCGAAGCAGAGAAAAUUAUUAAUCUGCUUCCAUUUUUUGUUCGAUUUUCAGUCGAGAACAUCUUUGACCUGUUCCCUACGGAACUCUACGGAGAGGAGGGGCCAACUGGACCAAAGGAAAAAGAUAAUUGGCUGGGAGAUGAAAUAUGCUAGUUCAGCUGCAUGCAGAUGUUAGUUUUAAGCAGGUGGACUGACCCCUUUAUGUACAGUAUGCUCUUAAUGCUAUAAGGAAGGCCAUCCUCUAUUUGUGGUAUGCUUUCCCAAGGAUGCAAAGGAGUCGAGAACAGGGUACGAUUACGCUUUCACUAAGAUCAACGCAAUGGCAUUGGUCGAUAAUGUGUAUUUUGAUAUGAGAGAUUAUCCAAUGUGACCAAUGUGCUACGUCAUUUUACAACACAUCUCUUGUAUAACACGUGUCCUAUUACAUAUAAGAGGUGUGUUGUAAAAUGAUGUAGAACAUUUGCAUGGGAUAACUACUAGAUAAAUAUAUGGAUUGUACUUGGUGAAUUGUUAAAGAAAUUUAAUGAUUGUUAUAUCAAA